AUGCCCAACAUGGGCAGCACUGUCAGGGGCGCUGGGAAGCAGCAGGACCAACAACUGCAGCCGUGCGAGGAGUCCGCCUGCCUUUACGCCUCUGCUGCGCCGGGCGAGCGGGAGGUGAGCCCGCAGCGGGGGCAAUGCCAGACUCUGGCCUCGGCCAAGCUCAAGCGGCAGCGCUCGUGUUCCCCGGAGCUGCUGCGCUGCAAGAGGCGCCUGAGUUUCAGCGGCUUCGGCUACAGCCUGCCCCCGCAGCAGCCGGCCGCCGUGGCCCGGCGCAACGAGCGCGAAAGGAACCGGGUGAAGCUGGUGAACCUGGGCUUCGCCACCCUGCGGGAGCACGUCCCGAACGGCAGCGCGAACAAGAAGAUGAGUAAAGUGGAGACGCUGCGCUCGGCCGUGGAGUACAUCCGCGCUCUGCAGCAGCUGCUGGACGAGCACGACGCGGUGAGCGCCGCCUUCCAGUCCGGCCUCCUCUCCCCCAGCCUCUCCACCGAGAUGAACUCUAUGGCGGGCUCUCCCGUGUCCUCCUGCUCGUCCGACGACGCCUCCUGCGACCCGCUCAGCGCCGAGGAGCAAGAGCUGCUGGACUUUACCACCUGGUUCUGA